CGUCCGACCCCUGCACGUCCGACCCCUGCACGUCCGACCCCUGCUCGUCCGACCCCUGCACGUCCGACCCCUGCUCGUCCGACGCCUGCUCGUCCAACGCCUGCUCGUCCGACCCCUGCUCGUCCGACGCCUGCACGUCCGACGCCUGCACGUCCGACGCCUGCACGUCCGACCCCUGCUCGUCCGACGCCUGCUCGUCCAACGCCUGCACGUCCAACACGCCGACCACCUCCACUUGUUCAAGGGACGGACUGCAGCAACAUCAAAGACCUCUUCCCCACUGCAGCCAGUGGAGUCUACCUCAUCCAGCCCCUGGGAUUCAAUGUUCCUUUCAAGGUGUUCUGUCGGAUGCUGCCUGAUGGAGGAUGGACGGUGUUUCAGCGGCGGACUGGCGGAGCCGUUUCCUUUGACAGGAAAUGGGCCGAGUACAAACAUGGCUUUGGCAGUCCACGAAAGGACCACUGGCUGGGCCUGUGUAAAGUCUACGCUAUAACCAAGACCAGGAGGUGGACCAUGAAGGUGAGCGUGAGGGACUUUGAAGGGGGCGAAGCCUACGCUGAGUACGAUGACUUCAAGCUGGGUGGCUUGAGGAGUUCCUACAAGCUCUCGGUUGGAAACUACAGGGGAAACGCAGGUGACGCCAUCCGGGGAGGCUCUGAUGGUGCUGACCAGAACGGUUUUGGCUUCAGCACUAAAGAUGUGGACACAGACGGCUGUUCUCCCUGCUUCUUCGGUGACAUUGCAGUGAAUAAGUGCACAUCUUUUAUGGGAGGGGGCUGGUGGUACAGUCGCUGUGGAUCUGCCAGCCUAAACGGUGACUGGCACCCUGCAGGAGAGAACCGGGGCUGGGCGUCUGGCCUCCACUGGCUCACCUGGAGGGGGCCCGGCCCCUACUCAGCCAGCGCCUCACGCAUGAUGUUCAAGGCUAUGAAGGACAACACAUCUGGCUCCUUCUGAGGAGGAUCAAGGAUGUUUAUAUCAUUGGAGUGGGUUUGGAUCACCUGUGUCCUUGUUUGCCACUGCACUAGACAUUUGAGGGGACAAGGCUAUUCAUUCAUGCAGUGUUUAGACUAUAGAUCGGGAUGAAUCCUUUAAUUCGGAUGUUCCAAACCAACCAGUAAUUUACCAGUUUACACUGGGCCUAUAUUGGGGGGCUUUCAACCAGUUUCAAAAUAAUCCUGUAACUUGUUUAAUGUGUGUAAAACAAUCAGAACUGUCAAAACAGUAAAAGCAAAGCAAUCUUGAUUACCAAGCAAUCACACAGACAUCAAUCAUUCCCAUGCAGUGUAUAGUCCUGUAAUGUGAAUAUUAAUAAAGCUAUGCUUAGGACAAAGAAA